AUGGCUGAUCAGUGGUCUGAUAGUCUUUCUGAAGAUUGGGUUUCUCAGCCACGUUCCUCCCCUUCGAACGCUGGUGGUGCAGUUGGGGGAACAAUGCGUUCAAACUUCUCUUCGGGAACCACCCGUGUGCUGCAUGAACGCAACCAUUCGAGUGUAAACUCAGCAACCGGUCACUGGCGGCGAAAUUCAACAGGAGGGAACGAGCGGAAGGAGACACCUGAAUGGAGGCGAAAAUUAUUGGAGGACUUUGGAGGGCAUGGGGGAAAGGAUUUAUUCAGUCCUAUUCAGUUGGAGUCCAUGUUUCAACCACCUCCUAGCGUUGGUUCACCAAGUGUUAUCGUGGAACGAGACCAGCAACAGCAACAGUCUAAGAAACUGGCAAAUAGAUCUCUUAUCCCAAUCCCUACAAACACUUCGUUUGGAGUUGGUUUGCCUGUUUUACGGGAGGAGGAUAGCCGACAGCGAAUCAGUUUCCUCAAGGACCACAGUUCUCCUCCGCAUAAUAAUUCUUCAGCUUUGCCUAAGCUCAAGAAAAUAUCUAUGCUUAAACGGGGUAUGCACAGGAGAGGAUCGUCAACGCCACCCCUGGGAUCGGAGGACGUUUCUAUGAAGGGAAAGCGGGAAACAGACAAUUACGCCGGUAUUGAAAACGACGUUCGAGGCCAGAUUGUGUUGCCGGGCGAUACCGAGUCUCGACAUAUUUACAAAGCCAAGUCAGGAAUGUUUGGAGCUCACUCGGGAAAUACGAGUGAAGAGAUGAAGAGAGAUGAAGGCAUUAGUCCAGUUUGCACGGGGCGUCUAAAGUCUCUAAAGGGUACAGUUGGGCUGGGGCCGACACCAAUGGGAAAUGGAGAUCCUGCCACGGGGCAAGGGUCGCAGAUAUUAUCGUUAAGCUGCCACGACAAAGAGGCGCUGGAAAUGGACGAUACCUUGGGAGAGAUGGUGUCGAGUGCUGGUGCAUCUAAGGAAAGGAAGCCGUCCUUGCCCGAAGAGAGCGAUACUUCGGUAUAUCCUUCGAGCCCACCAGUGGUGGCACACACAUAUUCACGAACUGGUCGGUCCCGAGAAAGCGAGGUGGAGGGCGAAGAAGGUUACACAUUUGACGAGGUGGAAAAUGACGCAGAGGGGAGCGCCUGCGAUUUAGGUUCCCCUUUUAUGUCGCCUAGUAAAGCAUUCCUUCAACGCCGGAGCCGAAUUCAGGGGGUGGGGGAUGAGGAGGAGGAAGAGAAAACGUUAGCUUCUCCGUUUGUCUCUAACGUUGAGCCAUCUUCUCAUGGAAACACCACUGGUCUCUCGGGUGAAGCUCAGUCUGCGGAUGGUCAAGGUAUGGGUAGAAAUACUAUUUUGGAUAACAUUCGGCGGCACAAGGAUGCGCCCAAAUCUCCGCUAAAGAACACACUUAACUCCUCCGUGAUGACCGAUGAGGAUGAUCCAUUUGUCUCCUCUUAUUCUUCCGAACGUCAUAUCUUGCCGGCGCCACGAACUCCACCUGUCAAGGCAGGGGAGGUGAGAAUCAUGGGUGAUAGCAAAUCUUCUGGCAGCCCAUUGAAGUUGUUCCAUAGCAACUAUGACACAUACACCAAUGAAAAACUCGUGAAGCGUCUUGGAGAAUUAGAGGACAGUGUUGUUGAGAAACCGAAAUUCGUGUUACCUCGAGUGGCGAGUAGCCAGGACGAGCACGGGGGUAGUUGGCAAGAAGAAGAGAGUACCGAGUUUUCUGGUGGGAGUAUGGUUGUCAACAGGUUAGAGGCAAUGGCGAGGAGACAAGAGAAGGAGAAGUCACCUUCAAAAAAUGCGGAGAGAAAUGUUGCUUAUACUAAAGCUAUCAUCAAGUCGCACAAACAAACCAGAACUACGACUACAACCACAACCACUACUACUGCGUUGGCUCACCAUCGUCAUACUUCGGCUCCGGAAUCAGCGCCGAAGCGCGUCACUGGCGUUAAGGAGGAGUCAUUGGUGGAGGGAGUUAGAAAACACCGCAGAUGGAGAAGCGAUGAGAGCGCCGCUGUUAAUGAUGGUAUUUCAGCGCCUAUUAGCCCAGUCAAAGAGAGAACACCAAAGAGACUUAGACGGAGCAAUAGCAGUGGAUAUGGCCAUAAUAGUGAGCUCAAAACGGGAAGACUUCAUUCGGCUGGAUGCACACCUGGGCGAACGCGCCGAAUAUCGCCUGGGGUUGAAGAGGGGAGUCUGUUGCUGAGUUCCGGUCGACCUAGGAGCAGGACUUCUCAUACCCCUAGGCAUGAGCAACUUCCUAGAACCCCAGCAUCAAAAUCAGGGAGGAGAAUUACGGUUAGUCAAGAGGUUCCCACACCAAGCUCGAGGGAUAGGUUGCGGAAGGUCCCAGUUCUAGAGAGGGAUUACAACUAUGGUGCUUCGAAUGGCGGAGAUUUUUCGCCAGCCAAUGGUAACCCUCCGGGGGGGAACGGCAGCAAGUUGGUUUUCAGCGGAAGCAGGGGCGAUGCUAUGGAAGGUGAGAGGUUUGAGAUGCCACAGCCAGGGGAAUCCGAGACUCUAAGGAAAGGAAGUGUCACAACGCAGGACUUUCUCCUACAGGCUGAAGAGGUGAUGGACAGAAUCAGAGGCAUGGGGCUACGAUCUAGACAGAGUAACUUUGACAGCCCUGGAACUAGAACUGGGAACGGCGAGGGUGAGAGUUUUAGCAGUGGCUACAAUACGGACUCGCAGAUACGGAAAAGUCCACCGGCUCGAAAUUCUAUAUUGGUAGAAUCAAGCAGUCUACAGGGUGAUGGGACGGAAGAUAGUGUUUUCCGUGAAGUCUCUAAUAUCGUCACCUUCAAGAAUGCGCCCGACCCUCAUAGUGAUUCCGGGGAUAUACAUCACGACACUCUGGACACUCAAUCUUCGGUUGGCAGUCGGGGAUCCAAAUCCUCAGUAGAAGUCAUUACCCCCGACUUACGUGUGAUGAGCCACCACUUAGUCUCGAGGGACUCUGCAGAGAUGACCUUCGAUCAAAAGUCUAUGGCGUGGGUCAAGUCUCAGAGCCCGGAUGAGGAGGCUUCCGAGCCUGAUCCAUUUGUGGGGAUAUCGGAUCUAAGUGUAAAUUCCCAAGAGGAAGCGCAGGCUCUGGAGAUGGCAAGGAAGCAAUGGGAAGGCAUGACAAGCGAUGGAGAGAAGAGUGGUGUCUGGAGAAGCUCGAGAUUGAUCCUGGACGCAGAAGAUGAUUGUGAUGCAAGUUUGACUGGUGAUGGGACAGAGAUGUGGGAAAGCCGGCCUUGGUUUGGUGGUGAGAACAUAAGCACCGUUGGUACUGGGAGCGGUAAAAGCCGGUCUGCCGGAACCGGAACAGAAACUAGAGUGACCAGUUUUGGAAGCCACGGAAGCAAGCUUGCUAUUGCCGGUGGAUGUCCUACUGCAACGUGCGGUAUUGAGGAGAAUACAGUGAGCGAAAAGAAGGAUGAGGAAGGCAAGAAUGGCGAGGGGGAAAGGAGUGUCCCUAGCGAAAAGUUAUCUCAGCCCACGGAGCCAGCUUUGGAUGAUCAGAGCAGGAUCUCGGAGCCCACCCGGCGAAGGCAGAUCUCCUAUGCUGAAGAUUAUUCUUCUCCCACAACUGCGUCCAUGAUGAGACAGUCAACUUCUUCACCGAGGGAGGUCCCUGAAUCCUGGGAUGAUGGCGACGAUAGCUGCUUGGAUACUGGCGUCGAUGGGUUCCUUGAUCAUGGUUCACUCCGACAGACACGGCGAAAUUCGAGAAUAUUUUCAUCCGGCGGUACCUAUCGAGGGGCCGCUAGGCGCCGUUCGGGUGGUAAUAAGUCCUUCGUUGGAAGACCGAUCUCAAGAAUUAAAGAGGAAGAUGAGGAAACCGCUGGGGUGCAUGAUAUUUCGCAAUCUCUUCGCAGGAUUAGCCUGAGCAGCGUGCUGACACCUCUUCCUACCCCUUUUGCUGCCCAUGUUUCGAGCCUGCCCCCAUCAGCAGUCAAAAAGGCAGAUGUGUCAUUCCAUAUGACGCCACUAGCAGACAUCUCGUAUCACUAUGAAACCACGGAAGCUCUGGUCAAUCUCGAACUCUCGUUUCUUGCGACUCGUAGGGGGCCUAAGGCUAGCACUAAGUCGAUCGAAGCAAGCUUCUCGAUCGCCCAGGAGAACCUUAUUAAAACCCUUACGGAUGUGGAGCCGUAUGAGCCAUAUUGGGAGUGGAUGAAGUUCCUAAAGCUCGCUGACAGGAAGAUGGAAACACUACAUACUCUCAACGAAUGGUGUCAGAGAAUAGAGGAACUAGACGUCAGUAAUAACCAGCUUGGUCAGCUCUCGGGGGUUCCGGAAAGCGUGAGGGGUCUAAAGGCGGCGGGUAACUGCUUGAGUUCGAUCACCCACUUUGGACAUCUUUUCAAUCUGCAGUAUUUGGAUAUUUCGAGGAAUGGCCUAGAAAACCUAGAUGGGCUCAGGAACCUGAAACAUCUAAGAGAACUCAAAGCAGAUGAUAACUCUUUGGAGAGCCUUGAGGGUGUUCUGAACAUGGACGGAUUGGUGUCAUUGAGGGCUAGGAGAAAUAGGUUGACAACUGUGUCGUUUGAGAAGGCUUCCAUGUAAGUGCUGUUUUUAUUCUCGGGAGCUCCCUGUUUUGGGUGUAGGCUGACUCGCGGUGCCCCCCCAGGAAACGCCUCACCGAGUUGGACUUAAGAGGCAACGGCAUGGAGGUUAUCUUAGGACUCGACAACCUUCCUGCUCUGAUUCACCUUAAUUUGGAUCAGAAUAGGCUGUGCGGUCUGAAUAUUCCUAACGGGGUCCAACUUGAUUCUUUGCGUUCGGUAAAACUUACACAGAAUAACUUCGAAACUUUCGAUGUGUCGCGGUACCCAAAUCUUCGAAUACUCUAUAUGGAUAAUAAUCGCCUCAAAGAUAUUGCUGGUCUCAGCCGAGCGAUGCAUUUGGACAGCAUUUCAACAAGAGAACAAGACGUAAAAGAAUUCACGAUCCCAUCUGAGAGGAUGUUCGAAGCCCGGAAGAUCUACCUUUCAGGAAACCCGCUCCGGGAUCUGAGCUUUAGAUUGGACUUCUUGAAUCUACAGUAUCUGGAACUUGCAUCGGCCCAACUGACUAGCCUUCCAGAGGAUUUCGGGUAUCUUGUGUGCAAUACAAGAGUCUUGAAUCUUAACAACAAUGCAAUUUCGGAUCUGAGGCCACUUUUGGGGAUCGUGAGAUUAAAGAAGCUGCUGCUUGUGGGCAACAGGAUCAAAAGUAUGAGGAAAACAGGCGCCGUGCUUGGGCAUUUCCAGUCACUGAGCUAUCUCGAUCUAAGGUAGGGACACCGUCUGACCCCUUGCCCCUCCAUGGGUUUUUAGUCUGCUUGGGUUUUAUAUACCCGGUCCGUGGUUCAACCUCGUUUCGGAUAUUCUGUACUGUUGAAUCUAUUGGCAUGGCUGCUGACAUCUGCCUUUACUAUCGCUCUAGAAUGAACCCUCUCACGAUAGGCUUCUAUCCUGCUUCCUCCUCUCGCAGAUCGCUCCCUUCGCCGGGAGAUCCUGACGAAUAUGUAAAGGAUCCUUUCACCAUGGUGCCGGGUGACUCUGCGAGUGACUACACCUUUCAGGCGCAGAUGGAUAUUGAAUCAGCAGUUACAAGAAGGAGGUACGAGAUAAUGGUUGGCCAGAAAUGCCCUAGGAUGAAAGAGUUGGACGGUUUAGAGUUCCAGAAGGAGGAGCUGUGCAGGGAGGACCUCGUUCUGGAGGAACUCAAGAAUCGUGAUUUUGUUAGAGCAGAGAGUAGAAGCAACUAGGGCGAGUGCGGCUACGGCGUGGCAUUUAGAAGUGGGAUGAGUGUUCAGUCAAUCAACCAAUUGGUAUAGUAAUGAUACCAUGUGGCGAGUGUCGCUAGGGGAUAAACAAAAAAAUCAAAAAUCGGUCGGAUGGGUCUAAUAGAAGGCCGAGGAUGCCGGGGAGUGUUCAGAGUAUAUUAGUGCUCACUCUAAUACAAUUUGGCGGUGUGGGGUAUCAUACGUGGAGGCACUACUCUAUGCGAUAGAGCAGGCUGGAGCGUUACGACAUGCUCGGACAGAGGAUGUGUUGGGGUGUUCCUGUUCCCCAGUUUUGGUAUAUUUCCGCAUCGGUCCAAUUGAGAUCAUAACCCCUGCAGCGAGUAAUGUUUCGAUAAACUUUUUGUAUUAUGGAUCUUUUUUUCUAUUUUCUGUGGAGGGGUACAAGUACUGAAUUUCCUUUUUUCCCUUGAGGUUUGGGGGUUGAUCGGUUUGGGUUGCACUUUACAGGUGGAGUUUGGCUUGGUUUAACGAAAUGCCUCAUGAUACGUUUAUUAGCACAGAUUUUUUUUCCCUCAUACCAUCUCACCACUUUUCUUUCUCUCUGGUUGGUAACGGUGCUGCGGUGCUGGCAUGCCGUCAAGCUUAAUGUCCUCGAUGAAUAUUCCUUGCUUUUCCCUUUAGAACCCUGAUGCACGGGUGCUACCGGUAUUUGAUCUCAAUACUGUGGUGUUUCUUAUGUCUCUACCGGUAGUUGGUCUUAAACCCAUAGCAGAGACUUGGCACCUUGGCCAGUCUAGGGAUAGGUGAACUCAUUUAACUGGUCGUUCUAAGCC